ACAGAAUCACAUGACAUACAGAAGCUACUGAAAACAGGAAGGACACAUUUUAUAUUCAUCUGGAAGCGGGUGUGAAAUGGCCUCAGCGGUGGAGAGAACAGAUGAUCUGGUGCGAGAAUAUCUGAUCUAUCGAGGUUUCACCAGCACACUUAAACAUCUGGACUCAGAAAUCAAAGCAGACAAAGAGAAGGGCUUCAGAGUUGAUAAAAUAAUUGAUCAGCUUCAGCAGUUUAUUCAGAAUUAUGAUCUGACGGGACUGAAGGAUUACUGGGGUUAUCUGGACCGCAGACUGUUCUCCAGACUAGAGGACGUUUACAGACCAACCGUCAGCAAACUGAGGACCAGUCUGUACAGACUUUACAUCAUACACACUGUUCAGAUGAAGAAUCCGGAGAAGACGCAGGAGUUUUUCCAGAAACAGGCUCUGGAGCUUCAGGGUCAGACGGAGUGGCGUGAUUGGUUCGCGCUGCCGUUUGUUCCCGUGCCGGAGCAGAAUCCCAUCUUCUCUCCGUACUUCUCCCGUCAGUGGGCCGACACCUUCCUCGUGUCUCUACACAACUUCCUCAGUGUGCUCUUCCAGUGCAUGCCUCAGCCCGUGCUGUUGAGCUUUGAUGCUGAAGUUCAGAGAAUCAUGUGUGUUCAAGAGGAGAACGAACAGCUCCGACAGGUCGUCAUCUGUGUCCGUUCUGUAGUUGUUACGCUCUGCAAGGAGAAUCGCUGGCUGAAGAAAGACGAGGAGAUGGUCCAUCACAAGCUCCCCGCGACGUCCAGCACAUGGACGCUCGGCGACACUGAGCUAGAUCUCGUGUCCAGCCAGCGCAACGUAAACGUGACGACGCCCACCAGAAACUUCUUCUCCACGUUCCUCCCUCAGGGCAGACGGGCACCUGCUAAAAUGCCCCAGUCCUCGCCCACACAGGCCACCCUGGGCAGGAAGGACCCCUCCGGUCAGUCAGUGAAAGUUAAAGAUCCGCCUGUUGCGAAGGAUUCCAAGAUGUCCGCCCGUUUCCAUGGUGACGGUGGAGUCGGCCACAGGUCACUCCCGACAGAGGAGACAUCAGGACCACGAGAAGAGAGAGAGAGCUGUUGUCCAGACUCCAAACACAACAGUUCAAAUGAUUAUCAAAAGAAUAACCAAGUGAAAUAUGACCUAUAUCAUAGUUCAGAGAGGAAAGCGGAUGGUUCUGAUCCAGAUGCUCCAACCGAGGCUCCUCCUGAUCAAACAGAAUCCACCACUCAGGCGCGAGUUUGCGAGGUGGGCGGGGCAGGGGCGGAGCAGCCCUUUAUCAAACUGAGUCAGGAGGAGUAUGGAGAACAUCACUCAUCCAUCAUGCACUGCAGGGUGGACUGUUCGGGCAGACGGGUGGCCAGUCUGGACAUUGAUGGUGUGGUGAAAGUUUGGGCUUUUAAUCCCAUCAUGCAAACUAAAGCCACUAUCAUGUCCAAAUCUCAGCUGCUCUCACUGGAAUGGGCUGCUAAACCUGACAGACUGCUGUUGCUAGGCAGUGGUGUCGGCACGGUGAGGCUCUACGACACCGAUGCGAAAAAAAGCCUGUACGAGAUGUCAAUAGAUGACGCCCACCCACGGAUCCUGUCAUUGGCUUGUAGUCCCAGCGGAACGUCAUUUGUGUGUUCCGCGGCGGCGCAGGCGGGUCAUUCCGGAGUCAUGAUGGAGAGUGACACACGAGGCUCCGCCCCCGUAUCUGGACAACUGCUGCUGUGGGACACUAAGACCGUCAAACAGCAGCUGCAGUUUGCGUUGGAGCCGGGACCGGUCGCUAUAAACUGCACGGCCUUCAACCACAACGGGAACCUGCUGGUGACCGGAGCGGCCGACGGAAUGAUACGACUGUUCGACAUGCAGCGUUAUGAGAGCGCGUUGAGCUGGAAAGCGCAUGAUGGUGAAGUGUACAGCGUUGAGUUCAGUUACGACGAGAACGCCGUGUUCAGCAUCGGCGAAGACGGAAAGUUUGUUCAGUGGGAUAUCCAUCGCUGUGGUGUGAAACAGUCGGAGUACUCACUGUCCCGGGAUGCGGUGGGGCCGUUCGUUCUGUCGGGUUACAGCGGGUAUAAACAGGUGCAGGUUCCACGUGGGCGACUCUUUGCCUUCGACUCUGAAGGGCAACAUGUUCUCACCUGCUCCGGUAGUGGAGGAGUCAUCUACCGGUUGAGUAAGGCAGAAGCCGGCCUUGAAAGCGUCCUGUCUCUUGGAGGUCAUAAAGCGCCAGUCGUAACGGUCGAUUGGUGCACGGCGAUGGACUGCGGCACGUGUCUCACCGCGUCUAUGGACGGCAAGAUCAAACUGAGCACGCUGCUCGCUCAGAAACCCUGAACUCAGAAGAGCAAUGUGUUGAAUGUUAUCGUUUCUUACUUUAAAAGUUAAUUAAUCACACUGCAAAAAAUCACUUUCUUACUGAGUGUUUUUGUCGGGUUUUCCGGUAAAAAACUUUCUUAAAACAUGAUAAAUUUACUUUAUGUAUGUGGGGAAAUGUUACGCUUGAACGAACAAAUGCACAAGAAGCUCAAUGUAUUCAUUAUUUCAGUAAAUAUGGACAUUUGUUUUUAAUAACUGAUUCAUAUUUCUGUCCUUAAAGAUCAUGUUUAUUUCUAGACGGCAACGUCCAGCUCUUGGAAUAUGAAACCAUGAAAUGCAACUUAACCAAGUAAUAAAGUAUUACAGUGUUUAGAGAUUUUGCAUCUGUGU